UGUGAUCUUACAAUUUCUAAUCCUUUUUUUAUUUCAGUAAUUACUGGGCAACAUCGAAAUGGCGUAAUUUCUGCACGGACGCGCAUUGAAUUGUUAGCGGAGACAUUCCGGAAGAAGCAGCCUUUCACCCACUUUCUGUCAUUUGCACUAAAUCAGCCAGAGAUUCAGGAGAGGUUCCUUCAGUUCAAAGAAGAGGUCCUGACUAAGUGCUCAAAGGAUCGUGGGGUGGAAAGCACCAUUUUCCAGAACCCAUCUAAACUCCACCUGACAAUAGGAACACUGGUUUUGCUGAAUGAAAAUGAAGUUGAUCAGGCAUGCCAGCUGUUACAGAAGUGCAAAGGGGAAUUUCUGGAUAAAAUUGCAGCUGGCAAACCAAUGCAAGUGAAAAUGUCUGGAAUUGAAUAUAUGAAUGAUGACCCAGCAAUGGUGGAUGUCCUUUAUGCAAAAGUCGAAAUGAAGGAUCGAUCAGAAAGGUUAGUAUUGCAAAGUUUAGUUUGAAUUUCGUAUUACCGU